AAGUGUUUGUUUUUCCCUAUUUUAACUCAUCAUUGAAGACGCUGUUUUGUUUUUCGGGAGAUUCAUCAUGGCGAUGCAUACGAAGGCGACACCGCCACAGAUUCCCGACACCCGUCGGGAACUCUCGGAACUGGUCAAGAGGAAACAAGAACUUGCGGAGACCUUGGUGAACUUGGAAAGACAGAUCUAUGCAUUUGAGGGCAGCUACUUGGAAGACACCCAGAUGUAUGGGAAUAUCAUUAGAGGAUGGGACAGAUACCUCACCAACCAAAAAAAUUCCAACAGCAAGACAGACCGAAGAAACAGAAAGUUUAAGGAGGCAGAGCGUCUGUUCAGCAAGUCUUCAGUCACUUCUGUAGCAGCUGUCUGUGCACUUGGCGGGAUCCCAGAUCACAUGAAUGAAAAGCGUGAGCCCGGCAGUGGGACAGAGAGUGACACAUCCCCAGACCUCCAGAACCAGGAGAACGAACCCAGUCAGGAGGACACGGAGGACGCAGAUGGGGCACUGCAGGACCUCAAACCCCAGAAGGCUGCCUCGUCCUCCUCCGGAAGCCACCAUGGGAGCCACAAGAAAAGGAAGAACAAAAACCGACACAGCCCUUCUGCCAUGUUUCAUUAUGACUUUGAAUUCGACAUGAAGGUGAACAAAAAACCCCGAGCGGACUAUUCAACUUGAUGAUGAAUGGGGGUGUUAAGCACUUCAGACCAGAACUGGCCACACAGGAGAAGUCUUCAGUGAAGCAGAGAAUCACUUCUCUGGGCUUUGUGAACUUUAUAUGCCUUAUGUUAACUGACUUGGUUUCUGCUUUGUGUAUAUUGCAUGAAAUGUUGCCCCUCCCCACCUGCAACUAGAAAUAUUUGUGUUUCAUGAUUUUCCUGCGGAAAAGUACAAGGUGUGUAAUUGCAUGUUACUCAAUACCCAGCUGGGGUUAUUGUAUAGUGUUGAACAUUCUAUGUUUAUCAUGUAACUUCACAUUUUCCUCUGCUCUUCUUGUGACAAAAAUAACAAGAUUAUAUUUGUCGUUGUGUGGGUUUGUUAGCUCUAGAAUAUCCCAGCUUCUGUUAUUUUAUUUUGAGAUUUGUUUAGCAUAAAAUUGUAAUAAAACAUUGAAAUGAUAAAUAUUGCUAUAUAUAGUUUAUGGUGAAAAUCUAAAUGUGUGAAGGUCUAGCCCACCAGAAGCAUUGGAAAUGUCUUGCUGUUAAUCAAAAUCUCAUCUCUGUCUUUACUCUGCACUCUUCUGUGAUCAUAUAGCAGGGAAAUCAAUAGGGAAGCUAGUUUAUGACCAACAUCUCUGUCUUUACUCUGCACUCUUCUGUGAUCAUAUAGCAGGGAAAUCAAUGGGGUAGCUAGUUUAUGACCAGCAUCUUUGUCUGACGGUGUCUACUGUCUGGUUUCAUUGUGGCUUCUUCAUGGCCCUGUUACCUGCCAAGGUGCUCAGAUGAGGCUCUCUCUAGUCCGCCAUCUUAUUGUCUCAAAUAGCUCCCUAUUCCAUUUAUACUACACUACGUUUUGAUUGGUGAAGUUUCAGUGAGUUCAUGGAAAUUGUUUUAGUACUGUGUUCACCUUCAAACAGCUUUAUUCUGACUCCCAAGUAUGAUUAAAAUAACUCUGUUUACACACACAGAUAUGAAGCCAUUAUGGCAUUCCUACAGUGGCCGUUUCAGAGAUUUGAGUUUUGAUUUCUGAGCAGUGGCAGUUAAAGUGAACCAUGGGGCAACAGGCUGACAACACAUGACCCAUGCCAUGUUGGGGAACAGUGUACUACAUGCAGUUUAACUAGUCAUUGAACUACAUUUUACAGUAGGUUGGUUGGUACUUGAAUGAAAUUCAAAUCUUGGUACUGUUUUCAGUAGGUAACUCGUUUGUUUGUUGUGUAGCUAACUACUGGAACUACACACUUUUGCAAAAGGAAAAUAAAAUGUGGCUGAAGUAG